AUCAAAAUGUUAAUAAUUUUUUAAAUUAAUGUAAAAAUCAUAUUAAAAAAGUUUGCCCUAAGACUGGAGCAUAUAUACUCAUAGAGUAAAAGAUGCCAUCUGGUAGGAAAAAAGACCCUAUAUGGAGGUACUACGAUGAAAUUAAACAUAUUCGCGAUAAAACCGGUACAAGGGCUAUUUGUAAAAAGUGUAAACAUGAAAUGCAAGGCUUAGUGGAAAGGUUAAAAAAUCACAAACAAAAAUGUACAAAUCCUCAAGAAGGGAUAGAAAUGCUAUAUGAAAAUUUAGUCUCAACAUCAAUUGAAAGCAAAAAUUUCGCGUCUCAAGCUACUUUUCCAUUGGGUCCUUCCAUGCCCAUAAUCGUAUUAAAAAAACAAAAAAUAAAUAAAAACGACAUAAAAAAUGGUAUUAAUGACAAAAACAAAAAAGAAGAAAUUGACAAACAAAUAGCAAAGGCAAUUUAUGCUACCAACUCAUCUAUUAAGUGCGUUGAACACCCCGAAUUCAUAAAAACGAUUCAUAUGCUUCGACCAGGAUAUGAACCACCCUCGAGAAAGAAUAUUGCCGAGGAACUCCUAAACAAAAUAUAUGAUGAAGAGAAGGUAUCUUAUUUUAAUAACUUGACAGGUAAAACAGGUUGCUUGGCUAUUAAUGGUUGGUCAACUGCCCAUCAAGAACCCAUUAUUUAUGCCACUAUCACUUCGGAUGAGGGAGAUGUUUAUUUAUUAAAAACUAUAGAUACUACAGAUCACCCUCUCACUGAAGAAUAUCUCAUUGAAAUAUCUCAAAAACUUAUAGAUAAUUGUUAUAAUGAUUAUAAUUUAACGGUGACCAGUUUUGUCAUAGAUAAAGCUGAUAUGAUUAUAAUGCGAGAUAGUUUUAAAACCAACGAUGGAAAUAAUAUAAUAACAUAUGGAUGCAGCGUACAUCUACUCCACCUUUUAUCACAAGAAAUGGAAAACGUAAACAGCCGAGUAGAAAUGCCUGAACCCAUUUCGCAUAUUUUCAAAACUUUGGGAAAAAAUAUGUCAAACAUAUCCGAUUCGGUAAACAACUGGAAAAAUCUUCGAAAUUAUUUCAACAAAUUAUAUGAGGAUAAUAAAAUUGAUAGCAAAAAUAUCUCUAUUUUCAAUAAACGAUACAAACAAGCCUUAACCCCGGCUCAUUUUUUAGCAUAUAUUUUAAAUCCAAAAUACACGUUAAAUUUAACUAACGACGAAAGAGAAAUGGCAUUGGAGUAUGCUGCAGAAACUUUUUCAAAUUCCAAUAUUCUGCCAAUCAUAAUACAAUUUCAAGCUAAAUCGGAACCUUUCAAAAAGAUUAUGUUUUGUCGAGCAAUUUUAGAUGAUGUGACGCCACUCGACUGGUGGAUAUCUCAAGAAAAUAUAUUCGAAAACAAAAGUAUUAUAAAAAUAGUUAAACAAUUAUUUACAGCUUCUUCGUCUACUCCUUCUGCGGAACGGGUAUUCUCUACAUUUGGAUUACUCGAUCCUAAGCUGAAUAGUCUAGGAACAGAAGCUGCUUGGAAAUUAUUUUUCUUAUUUAAAAAAUUUAAUGGACAAUAUUAUACGGAUCUAAAUAAUAAUAUUCUUUAACAUUUUACUUUUUUGUAUUAUAUAAAUAAAGUUGUUAUAUUAUUUGAAAUUCAAUAAGAUAAUUUACUAGAAUUACAUGACGAAAGAAUUAAAAAAUAUCCACCGUCAAAUAAGGUAAUCAACUAUUUAUAAUGUCUAUUAAUACCUUAAACAGGUAAUCUUUGUUACUUAUUUUUAAAAUAUUAUUUA